CCCAUAGGCAGGUGGGCAUAAAGGGGACCCACGAGUGUGCGUUUUACCCUCACAUCUCCCCCCAUAAUUCAAGAAUGUGUACUUGUAUGCUGCAUAUGCAUAUUAAAAAGUGUACGUGUGUCUUUAGUGCGAUCCUCAUGUGAAAAGUUGUGCAUUUAUAAUAGUUACAGAGAGAAGAAAAAAAAAAUAAUCGAAAUUGGGUUUCAUACCUGUUCUGAAUACCUGCUCUUUUUUCUGCCCACCUUCAACCCACCACCCACAACAAAAAGAACCACCUUUGGUGGUUAAGUGUGUAAUUUAGUAACGAGUUCAAUCCUAAAAAUACGAAAAAAUAAAGCAGCAAUGAUGGAUUUGGGCAGUGAAGUGUUUACGAUGGGGCUGGCGCUCAAGCUGCAAAAGAUGCCCCCGGGAGGGACUCAGAUUGGCAGUGGAGUUGGUGUGCCGGAAUUUGGUGAGCUGCUGUUCCGUCGGGAUGGAAACGGGAAUAAUCAUUCCAAUACGGCCGCUGCCUACACCAGUGAUUGGGACAAUUAUCAGACGUCCCACGUGGAGCCGCCACUGAACGACACCGGACCGUACGAGGAAUACGAGCUGUUCUACCGGCAUUCGUCCACCAUGACGGCCGUCUAUUGCGUGGCCUACUUCGUUGUCUUCAUCGUUGGUCUGAUCGGCAACAGUUUUGUCAUCGCGGUGGUCUUUCGGGCACCCCGAAUGCGAACCGUAACAAAUUUCUUCAUCGUCAAUCUGGCCGUGGCCGAUGUCCUGGUGAUUGUCUUUUGCCUGCCGGCGACGCUCAUGAGCAACAUCUUCGUGCCGUGGAUGCUCGGAUGGCUGAUGUGCAAAACGGUUCCCUACAUCCAGGGCGUUUCGGUGGCCGCUUCCGUCUACAGUCUGAUUGCGGUUUCCCUCGAUCGAUUCCUCGCCAUCUGGUGGCCGCUGAAGCUACAGAUAACGAAACGCCGGGCCCGGUUCAUGAUCGUGUGCAUAUGGAUCAUCGCACUGGCCUCGACCAUCCCGUGGGCGCUGUUCUUCGAGCUGGUGCCCAUCUUCCCGGACGCCCCGGAAAUUAAGCUGUGCGUCGAGGUGUGGCCCCCGGGAACCGAUGGGGCACUGUACUUUCUGCUCGCCAACUUGGUGGCCUGUUAUCUGCUGCCGAUGACCCUGAUCACGAUUUGUUAUAUACUGAUUUGGAUUAAGGUUUGGAGGCGAUCGAUACCGGGUGACUCAAAGGACGCUCAAAUGGAUCGGAUGCAGCAGAAGUCGAAGAUCAAAGUUGUUAAGAUGCUUGUUGUAGUUGUUAUUUUGUUUGUACUAUCAUGGUUGCCGCUGUACGUGAUCUUUGCCCGGAUCAAGUUGGGUGGUGCCCUGGAAAGUAGCGAAGAGGAGCUGUUGCAGAUUGCUACACCGAUCGCGCAAUGGUUGGGGGCGUCGAACUCCUGUAUCAAUCCCAUUCUGUACGCCUUCUUCAACAAGAAGUAUCGGAAAGGAUUUGCCGCAAUCAUACGAUCGAGAAAGUGCUGCGGUCGGUUGAGAUACUACGAAACAGUUGCGAUCGCGUCGUCUUCGACGAGCACCCGUAAGUCGUCGCACUACCACAACAGCACCAAGCAGCGGCCUCCCAUGCAGUACAGCCCCUCGAUGAAGUCGGCCGAUGCGGUGUCGUACAUCUCGUACGAAGAGAAGGCCGGCGGCAGACGACAUCACGCCAUCAGCAAGCAAGACAGCAAUCUUUCGCGGCACAUGUUGCUGAAACAGGACAGCAGCAUAUCGAGACAGACACUGUUGAAACAGGACAGCAUCGCCUCACGAUCGGCAGUGCUCUAUCGUCAAGAUAGCGACAAUUCGCGACAGAUGCUUCUGAAGCAGGAUAGUAAUGGGUCACGAGAUAUGCUUUCGAAGCAAAGUUCGGCCUCGGACUCGAUCUCCCGUCAGGACAGUCAAAUCUCUUACAUUGAACCACGCAAGGGUAUACUGUGCAAGCAGGAUACCCAGAUCUCGUACAUUGAACAUUCAAGUGCCAGCAAGAAGUACUCUGCAUCGCUCUCGAGCCAGGACAGCGUCCUGUCAAUCAUUGAACACAAAAGACACAAACUCGUUAAGCAAGAUUCUAUUUUCUCGAUCAAUGAGCCCAAAUCAGUUUAUGAAAGCGCAGCAGGACCUCCAGCGAACAAGCGCCACCAGUUGGUAAAGCAGCACUCGGUAAUCUCGUUUGCUGACCAAAAACCGGGGGGCAGCCUUACCAAGCAAGACUCCGUAACAACGAUACACCGGGCCAGCAACGGCGAUGGUCCGUACAUAUCAUCUAUCCUGAAGAAGACAGACUCACAGUGUAGUUCCGCAUCGCCCAUCAGAAAGAACAUUGGCUUUUUCAAUGGAUAAGGUUUACAGGUCUUGCACGAAGAUGUACCAUGCCAUCGCUCUCGAUGGUGAGAGCAUGUAGCACUACCUGCCUAAGCCCGUAGUGAUCACUUCCAGUCCAGUCCAUGAUACGUAUACCAAACGAAUUUUAUUCCUACAAACCUUAUUAAGGACCGUUUACAAAGAUGCUGCCCAGUCUGAGGUUGUUCAGCAUCCCGGGGCUCAGCUCACGUUACAUUGAUUCGCGCCGCGAAUACGGUAAACUAACUGCCCUUUUCCCUCGAGGCACUUUCCAUCCAGGGACACGUCAAUCUAUUCCGAAACCUAUGAGAAAUUACCCACCGCACCCACCGUUGUAGUGAAGCUCUAUCGCACCGAUCACCCUGCAUAUCUUCACGUUGAGCUGGAAACUUUCUGACCAAUCAAUCAUUUUUGAACACAAUCAAAGGCUAUUCCUGGACGUUCUUCAUCCCUCUUUUCCGACAACAUCCAGGCCAUCUAACAAAGCACAAAUACAAAACAUCCCCCUAAGCAGGAAAUGGCAAUCAAUUUCGUACAAAUGCUUAAGACGCUCUCAAUCUUGAACGCAUACUAGAGACUACAACCUCAUCUCUCACCUCUUUCUUCAACUGAACCAAACGACAACACCAUUGCAUUGCCUCAGUUUCAUCCAGCACACAGUCAUCCAAUAACCGCCUACUGUAGUAGCUAAGAUAUCACAACAACACGCAUGCAUCAAAACAGAGCAACCCAUCAUCGAGAUGCGCAAAGUUUACUUCUGGUACAUCCUUCGACGCGACGCUCAUUGAGCAACUCGAAUGAGCGAAACAAAAACGAAAUAGUAGUUCUACCGUUUGUUUGCAAUUCGAUCAAGUUUGUGAGCAAACACUAGAAUAAUUAAAUUUGAAGAAAUCCUGGCUUGUUCCCGAACUGUAAACGGAAAGCAAGAAGGGCGGCGCCUAGCGAAAUUAAUCAAUGGUAAAUGUAAUAGAACAAAAUAAAACUAAUAACAAAUGUCUGUGUUGAUUCAGUUUGUGUUUGUAUGUGUAAUGUUUUUGUAUCGAAAACAAAAAUGCUGCUAAACAAAUAAACAAUAGUACUUAUACGAACAAAGGAAAAGUAAACAAAUGAACUAGUGAAAUUUGUUGGUUGCAACAGUGCGCUCGAAGCAAAGCAACAGGAAAUCAAUGCUAAAGUCGGCGCAUUUCGUUAGUGUAGCAAUCUCAUAGUAUAAAGCAAAAAAUAC